GCAUUCUUCCUGGUGUGCAGAGUGCGUCGUUCUGCGGCGUGCUGCUGGACGUGCGCUCGUCUUCUUUCACACGUCUGCGGGUCAUCUCUUGUGCCGCCGCUCGCGUGCUGUUGCGCGAGAGUUGAGGACACGUGAGUUUCGCACCAGCUCCUCCUCUUCGAUUUGUCGCACAGGCACUUGUCGCAAUGGCCCAUGCUCGAGCGUCCGCCCUCGUCGUCUUGCUCCUCGCCUCGACCCGCGCGGAGAUGGUCACGGAGCUGCCGCUGCCGGACGUGUCCUUCGCCGCGGCGCGCGCGGCCCUGCUCGGCGGGCUCCUCCACGAGGCGAACCGGUACGGCCCCGUGGACGUGACGCGCGAGAGCAAGGCCGUGCACCGCAACGCGUUCCGCCACCCGCGCGGCGGGCCGACCGAGGAGCGGUGCGAGGUGCUCGCCGACACGGCGUCGCGCUUCGAGCUCCGCGUCGACGCGGCGUCCCCGAAGGCGCCCUUCGGCGACCAGUUCCAGACGUCCGUCGUCGUGACAUUGGACGGCUCGGCGCCGGAGCUCGCCAUGCGGACGCGGACCAAGGUCCGGUGGCUGUCGCCGAAGCGGCCCCUGGGCAUGAUCUCGAAGCGGGUCGAGCGCGCCGCGGAGCAGGGCACGGCGGACGCGUACCGCGUCUUCGCCCAGUGCCUCCGGGCCGGCGCCGGCGAGCCCGAGCCGUCCGUCGUCGCGCGCGCCGCGGCCAAGGCGCGGCCCCACGGGCGCAAGCUCCUCUCGUGCGCCGUGCUCGGCAGCCUCGUCGCAUACCUCCAGUACCACGCCGACCCGGCCGACCCCGGAGACGUCUAGGGAGCUCCACAACCUUCCGCCUCAACCCCUGUGUUUUUGUAUACUACAUGUGCUUGCUUG